AUACAAGCUUUAUCACAUUAAGACUUCAACUAAUAGUUAAGGAAUGGUAUAUUGUAGUUAAUUUAAUUUUCAGGGUUAUUGAGGGUUAACCCCCAGAUCUUUUUUGAUUCAAUUCUUAUUCGAAAUUCCAUAUAAAAGCAUAAAGAAUAUUUUCUGGGUGCUGGGGAAGAUGUAGCUGCCUCUUCUCCAAGCCACCCCUUUGCCUCCGGACUUCUCUGGGGCCAGCAGCCGCCCGACCAGGGGCCCGGAGCCGCGGGCUCAGGCAACAACCAUGGGCUCUGUGUCCAACCAGCAGUUUGUAGGUGGCUGCGCCAGGGCGGUGGAGGAGGUGUCAGAGAACGCGGCCAGGGAGGCCGAGGAGCCGCAGCUGCUGCACGGUGCGGGCAUCUGUAAGUGGUUCAACGUGCACCUGGGGUUCGGCUUCCUGUCCAUGACCGCCCGCGCCGGGGUCGCGCUCGACCCCCCUGUGGACGUCUUUGUGCAUCAGAGUAAGUUGCACAUGGAGGGCUUCCGGAGCCUGAAGGAGGGUGAGGCAGUGGAGUUCACCUUUAAGAAGUCUGCCAAGGGCCUGGAAUCUCUCCGUGUCACUGGACCUGGUGGGGUGUUCUGUAUUGGGAGUGAGAGACGGCCAAAGGGGAAGAACAUGCAGAAGCGCAGAUCAAAAGGAGACAGGUGCUACAAUUGUGGAGGUCUAGACCAUCGUGCCAAGGAAUGCAAGCUGCCACCCCAGCCCAAGAAAUGUCACUUUUGUCAAAGCAUCAGCCAUAUGGUGGCCUCAUGUCCGCUGAUGGCCCAGCAGGCGCUCAGCUCACAGGGAAAGCCCUCCUACUUUCGGAAGGAAGAAGAAGAGAUCCACAGCCCUGCCCUGCUCCCAGAGGCCCAGAAUUGAGCCUACAGCAUGUGGGGGCAAUCCUUUUGUGAUUAGGAAGUUCCAAGGAGCAGGCAUCAAUUG